GUAAGCGCUCCGGAGACACUGAAUAGGAUAAGAGGGGGAUGCGGACCGAGCCGGGAGAAAUACAGAUGCUCGGGGACUGAAGUUUUUACUCUAAAACCAGCGCAGCAGAAUCGUCUCAUCCUUUGUCGUUUCCCUCCUGAAUCUGCUCAGAGAAGAAUACGGAUUAUAUUCAACUAUUGCAAACCACUUUUCGUGAAAGGUUUUACUGGUGCUUCUGUUGAUCCAGACAUGAUCCUUAACGCCUCAGAACUGCCAUGGGAAGAGUCCUCAGGUCUGGAACCUUUCUUCCCACUGGACCCACAGGAAAGCUUCUCUUCACCUGAAGUCCAACAUCUCACCAUCUGGGGCGUGGCGCUCUGUGUUUCAGGAACUCUCAUUGCCACUGAGAACGCCAUUGUGGUAACGACUAUCUUGGCCACCCCAUCCCUCCGCGCCCCCGUCUUCCUGCUGCUUGCCAGCCUCGGCCUGGCCGAUCUCCUGGCAGGUGUGGCGCUUAUUCUACACUUCCUCUUCCGGUUCUGCGUAGAGCCCAGCAACUGGUCCGAACUGCUGACCUCAGGGUUGUUGGUGACAUCUCUGACCGCCUCCCUUUGCAGCCUCAUGGGUGUUGCCCUGGACAGAUACCUGUCUUUGAGCCAAGCCCUCACCUACGGCUCCAGCCAAUCCCGCCGCAGAGCUGCCAUCCUCCUCCUGCUGGUCUGGUUGGGAGCUUUUGCCAUUGGUGCAGGACCUGCCAUGGGAUGGCACUGCCUUGAGGAGCCAAACUCCUGCUCUGUAGCACGACCUCUCACCAGAACCUAUCUAUCGCUACUAUGUGGGGGCUUUCUAAUGGUUGUAAUUGUAACCCUGCAGCUGUAUGCAGGGAUAUGCCGAGUUGCAAGGCGGCAUGCCCAUGCCAUUGCAACCCAAAGGCACUUCCUACCCACCAACCAGCCGUAUCCAAGCAGACACAGCAGUGGAAAGGGGUUUUCUCGCCUGUUCCUGGUCCUGAGUGUGUUCGUGGCUUGCUGGAUGCCGUUUUCCCUCUGGGGGCUGCUUGGAGAUGCGUCCAGCCCCCCUCUGUACACAUAUGCCACCUUGGUGCCAGCUGCAGGUAGCUCCCUGCUCAACCCCAUCCUCUACAGCCUGAGAAACAAAGACAUUCGUAAGGUGCUGCUCCACGCCUGCUGCCCAUACAGAUCCUCGCACAGCACCCACUCCCACUACCCUGUCGAUGUGUAAGAUCAGUCAUAGCAGCACUCAAUCUAUGCCAGACAUAUCAUUGUGUAUGUGCCAAGACACUCAGAAUCUGCACUCAGCGUCAUUGACGUCCAAAGAGUUAAAAAACUCUUCUUUCCCCCAAUGAGAAAAACCACUCCCACACACCCAAGCAGCAUUUUUCCAAGCUGAAGUCCUCCAAAUCAGAAUGUACUGAACUGUCUUGACUUUUGGCAGCCAGCUUGGGACUAAAUGUACUGUCCGGUGUAUACUUUGUGCCUCAGACGACUGUAGCUCUGCUAGAUCUGCAGAAUAAAACAAUCACAGGAACGCUACAUGUUGGAUUGAAUGACUGUGAGCACUUUAAAAGGAGAGGAAGCUCUGGGUUUUUUAUUUAACACCUGUCAGUGUGAAAACGUGUGACUCAAAGCCCAGUUCUAAUUACUUGAAAUGUGUGAGAAAUAAGCGGGAAUAUAUUUUGCACAUGCUGAUAAAAAAGCACUUUGAGAUGUACUGACCAUAUGUUUUGUUUUUGUUUUUUUGUUGCACAACCUUU